AUGAAGGUCUCGUAUGUUCGACCGUCUUUCCCCAUCGUUGUCGUCCUGGUAGUGCAUUGUUCAUUCUUUAAUUAUCUGGCAAACGCGUACUACGGACAUUGCAAAAUGCUUAACCCCAACCUUCUAGCUAUUUACAUGGGCGUGCUUGGUAUUGUCACGGAGUCCGCAAUGAUGUCGGAUCCGGCCACUGCAGUGUACUCUUUGUCUGCUUUUGCUAUUGGCGAUUGGGGCACGACUACGUCUCAAGGGUCAUGCUGCUCUCGCUCUGCGACGUUCAACAACUACGAUAUAAAUGCUGAACAAAUUGUAGCAAGUUUGAUGAACACUGAGGCUGGGAGGAACACCUCUUUGAAGCCCAGUGUUGUGAUGGGACACGGUGAUAGCAUGUACUGGACUGGAAUAGUUAGUCAAGAGGAGCGCGACUCUCGCUUUACUACCACGUUCGAGGAAAAGUUUAAUGGCGAGAACAUUAUUACGAUUCCUUGGGUGAACGUCAUGGGGAACCACGAUUAUGGAGGUGCUAGUUACAUUUGCAAUAAUGGAGGCCAGAGUGUCAUGUGCGAAAACAAGGAGGCGCUGAUCCAGGGAAUUGAAAACAAAUUUAAGUGGCAGAAAGAGUACGUUAGCCCUCAGAACAAGCGCUGGAUUCUCGAGGACCAUUUUUACAUUCGUCGGAUUGAAGACCCUGCUACGGGUGUAAGUAUCGACAUUUUCAACAUUGACACGAAUGACGCUGACAUUCAUGGUGCCGCGCACAUUUGUUGCCAAUGUUAUAGCUACUCAAACGGUAACAAUGCCGCGUGCAGAGACGCUGGUCGUGGCCACGAGUAUUGUUGUGGUGGAAAUACGGAAAUGUUUGAUUCCUGUAUGGCCAAGUUCUCUGAGUGGGGCGACGAUUCGCGCGCUCAGAUCGCGGAAAAGGUGAAACAGUCGACUGCUACUUGGAAGAUUGUCAACAGCCACUACAGUCCUUACAACCAUUACGCGGAGAACGGAAUGAAAAAGUGGUUCGACACCUUGCAAGGCUUGGGGCUCAAUUUGUGGAUAAACGGUCACACCCACGGUGAGAAACACGACUACUCGGCGGGAUUGGGUAUUCACUUUUUGGAAAAUGGUGCUGGUGGUGGUAUCCAAAAGGAAUCUGCCAGUGGCAUUCCAGCUUAUGCUGCCAGCUUGGUCAAGCCUUUGUGGACCUAUGCGCCCGACGGGUACGGUUUCAUGUCCCUACAGGCUUCGAAGGAGUAUAUCAAGCUCCAGUAUCACACGGCGGAUAAUUCGUGGGUGUUUGGAAGUGAUUUUGCCAGUACAAAGGUUGGCGGUGUCAGAGCGGACUACUGCUGGAUCAUUCCUAAUGACGGCACGGAAGGCAAACAAUGCUAA